AUGUGUGAGAAGAACGAAGGAGCUGCUGGAUUUGACUUCAUUUCUGCCUUGGGCCGUGAAUGCUUCUCCCUUCCAACUCCAAUUCCAUUUGAUUCUUGCUGCUGCAUGGGAGAAAUCAGCCGAGACACCUUUCCGUAUGCAAGCAGUCUGCUGGCCGAAAUUCCCCCUCAUGACGCAAAGAUUGAAGAUAUAAAUUCCAAGGAAAAAGUCAAAGAUGGCAAACUUGAGUUGAAAAUGUUACCCCCUCAUUUGAAGUAUGUGUUUCUAGAAGAAGUUGGUAGCAAACCAGUCAUAAUCAACAAUUCUUUAUCUCUUACAGAAGAGGAGAAAUUAAUUAAAGUUCUCAAAGCCAAUAAGGGAGCCAUCGGGUGGUCAAUAUCUGAUCUAAAAGGAAUAAGUCCUUCUUACUGCAUGCACAUGAUAUUCAUGGAGGAUGAUUUCAAACCAGUAGCUCAACCGCAGAGGAGAUUGAACCCUGUAAUGAAAGAAGAAGUAAGAAAAGAGGUUCUGAAAUUGCUAGAAGCUGGAAUCAUAUAUCCUAUAUCUGAUAGCACAUGGGUGAGUCCAGUACAGGUAGUGCCAAAGAAAGGUGGUAUGACCGUAGUGUGUAAUGAUAAAAAUGAGCUCAUACCCACGAGAACAGUAACUGGGUGGAGGAUGUGCAUUGACUAUAGAAAGUUGAGCAAGGCUACAAGGAAGGAUCAUUUUCCCCUUCCUUUCAUGGAUCAGAUGUUAGAAAGGUUAGCUGGUCAAGCUUUCUAUUGCUUCUUGGAUGGUUAUUCUGGUUAUAACCAAAUUGUGGUGGAUCCUAAAGACCAAGAAAAGACUGCUUUUACUUGUCCUUUUGGUGUUUUCGCUUAUAGGAAGAUGCCUUUUGGAUUAUGCAAUGCACCGGCAACGUUUCAGAGAUGUAUGCAAGCCAUUUUUGCUGACCUAGUGGAAAAAUGCAUUGAAGUAUUUAUGGAUGACUUUUCAGUGUUUGGUAGCUCAUUUGACUUGUGCUUAUCAAACCUGGAGAUUGUGCUUGAAAGAUGCAUUCAAACAAACCUUAUUCUCAAUUGGGAAAAAUGCCAUUUCAUGGUUACUGAAGGUAUUGUUCUAGGUCAUAAGAUUUCUUCUAGAGGAAUUGAAGUUGACAAAGCUAAAGUGGAAGUUAUUGAAAAACUGCCACCACCAACAAAUGUGAAAGGAAUCAGAAGCUUUCUUGGUCAUGCCGGUUUCUAUAGAAGAUUCAUCAAAGAUUUCUCCAAGAUUGCCAAGCCACUCUGGAGCCUCUUAGUAAAAGACACUCCUUUUGUGUUGGAUAAAGAGUGUCUAACUGCAUUUAAGGUUCUCAAGGACAAGUUAAUUUCUGCACCGGUGAUAAUUGGUCCAAAUUGGGAACAAGAAUUUGAGUUGAUGUGUGAAGCUAGUGAUUAUGCCAUAGGUGCUGUCCUAGGCCAAAGAAGAGGAAAGGUGUUUCACAGCAUUUACUAUGCCAGCAAGGUAUUGAAUGGAGCUCAAUUGAACUAUGCCACAACUGAGAAAGAAUUCUUGGCAAUAGUGUAUGCUUUAGAGAAGUUCAGACCUUAUCUCAUCGGAUCAAAGGUGAUUAUUUACACUGAUCAUGCUGCUAUCAAGUAUUUGCUUACCAAGCUUGAUUCCAAACCAAGAUUGAUAAGAUGGGUUCUUAUGUUGCAAGAAUUUGAUUUGGAGAUCAGGGAUAAGAAAGGAAGUAAAAAUGUCAUUGCUGAUCAUCUCUCAAGACUUGUCAAUGAUGAAGUUACAACUAAAGAAAGAGAAAUCCGUGAAGAGUUUUAUGAUGAGAACUUGAUGAUGUUUGUUUGGGAUGACCCCUAUUUAUUCAAACUAGGAGCUGACAAUCUCUUGAGGCGGUGUGUUACUGAAGAAGAAUCAACAGGAAUCUUGUGGCAUUGCCAUAACUCACCCUAUGGAGGACACUUCAAUGGUGAAAGAACAGCUGCCAAAGUCCUCCAAUCUGGAUUUUACUGGCCUACUAUAUUCAAGGAUGCUUAUGCCCACGCCAAGCGUUGUGAUAAAUGUCAAAGACUGGACACUAUCUCAAGAAGGCAUGAAAUGCCACUACAAAGCAUCCUGGAAGUUGAGGUUUUUGAUUGCUGGGGUAUUGAUUUUGUCGGUCCCCUACCUCCAUCUUAUACUAAUGAGUAUAUUCUGGUUGCAGUAGACUAUGUCAGCAAAUGGGUGGAAGCAGUAGCAUGUCAGAAGAAUGAUGCAACCACUGUGAUUAAAUUCUUGAGGAAAAAUAUAUUCUCAAGAUUUGGGGUGCCAAGAAUUCUUAUCAGCGAUGGAGGAUCACAUUUCUGCAACUAUCAGCUUGAAAAGAUACUAAAACACUAUGAGGUGAAACAUAAAGUUGGUUCCCCAUAUCAUCCUCAAACCAAUGGGCAAGCGGAAGUAUCAAAUAGAGAAAUCAAGAGGAUUCUUGAGAAAACUGUUUCUUCUUCAAGGAAGGAUUGGUCAUUAAAGCUGGAUGAUGCUCUGUGGGCUUACAGGACUGCAAUAAAAACACCUGUUGGGAUGACUCCCUUUCAACUAGUCUAUGGCAAAUCUUGUCAUUUACCGGUGGAGAUGGAGCACAAAGCUUAUUGGGCCCUGAAGUUCUUGAACUUUGAUUCUACCUUGUCUGCAGAAAAGAGGAAGUUGCAAUUACAGGAGUUGGAAGAAAUGAGAUUGACAGCUUAUGAUAACUCCAAGAAUUACAAAGAGAAGGUUAAGUUGUAUCAUAACAAAAAGCUCUUAAAGAGAGAGUUUCAACCUGGCCAACAAGUUCUCCUUUUCAAUUCUAGAUUUAAGAUCUUUCAAGGAAAGUUGAAGUCAAAGUGGUCUGGACCCUUCACCAUCAAGGAAGUAAAACCUCAUGGAGCAAUUGAAUUGGUUGACCCUACUUCAGAUGAUCCAGAAAAAAGUUGGGUGGUUAAUGGGCAGAGAUUGAAACAUUACCUAGGUGGUGAGAUCCAACGUCUCACCACAAUCAUCCACCUUUCUUACCCUUGA